GAACAAACCAAAACCCGCUUGCCAAUUGAAACACUUCAACAAAUCUCUCAGAUUCAAUUACAAUUUAGCAGCUGGAUCAUGCGUGUUUAGUGCCCUGAUUUGCGGGGAUUACUGAUUUCAUUCUGAUUCGAGAUACCCAUAUUUAAUAUGUUGGGAGAUGAGGCUUAGAUUCAAGAAAUGGGGUGUGUUCUGGGAAAGGAGACAACUUCAGGUGUGGUUUCAGAGACUAGGGAGGAGAAGAAGGGUAGGGUCGAAUCCAGUCGGAGGAUAGAGGAUGUUACUGUGUCCAAGGCAGAUACUACCGUGGAGGUUCACAAAGAGGAUGUGCAGGAGGAAAGAGCUGAUGGGGAGAGAAAACAAAGGGGGGAGAGAAGGAGGUCAAAGCCAAACCCGAGGUUGAGUAACCCGUCCAAGCAUUUGCGCGGGGAGCAGGUGGCGGCUGGGUGGCCGGCUUGGUUGUCAGAUGCCUGUGGAGAGGCACUCAAUGGGUGGAUUCCUCGGCGGGCUGAUAGCUUUGAGAAGAUUGAUAAGAUUGGACAAGGGACAUACAGCAACGUGUAUAAAGCUAAAGAUAUUUUAUCGGGUAAAAUUGUUGCCCUAAAGAAGGUUCGGUUUGAUAAUCUCGAACCUGAGAGUGUGAAAUUUAUGGCUAGGGAGAUUCUUAUAUUGCGGAGACUAGAUCAUCCAAAUGUUGUAAAAUUAGAAGGUUUGGUCACUUCAAGGAUGUCUUGUAGUUUGUACCUGGUAUUUCAGUAUAUGGAUCAUGAUCUGGCUGGACUUGCUGCGAGCCCAGUUGUCAAGUUUACAGAACCACAGGUAAAAUGUUACAUGCAUCAGCUACUUUCUGGACUUGAGCACUGUCACAACCGGGGUGUACUUCACCGUGACAUUAAGGGAUCAAAUCUACUUAUUGAUAGUGGAGGAGUGCUUAAGAUUGCUGAUUUUGGAUUGGCAACAUUUUUUGAUCCAAAUCGCAAGCACCCUAUGACUAGUAGGGUGGUUACCCUGUGGUACAGAGCUCCUGAGCUUCUUCUUGGGGCUACUGAUUAUGGUGUAGGUGUGGACCUGUGGAGUGCAGGAUGCAUUUUAGCUGAGCUUUUGGCUGGGAAGCCCAUUAUGCCUGGUCGUACAGAGGUGGAGCAGUUACAUAAAAUAUACAAGUUAUGUGGUUCACCAUCAGAUGAAUACUGGAAAAAAUCAAAGUUGCCUAACGCAACCCUAUUCAAGCCCAGAGAACCUUACAAGAGAUGCAUAAGAGAGACAUUUAAAGAUUUCCCACCAUCGUCACUGCCCCUUAUCGAUACUCUUCUAGCAAUUGACCCAGCCGAGCGUCAAACAGCCACUGCCGCGUUAAGAAGUGAGUUCUUUACAACAGAACCUUAUGCUUGUGAACCUUCUAGUCUUCCAAAAUAUCCUCCAAGUAAAGAGAUGGAUGCUAAACGGAGAGAUGACGAAGCUCGGAGGUGAAUGUCUUUUACCUACUACUUUCUACUGACUUUAGAAGAGUUGUUUUUUCUUUUUCAGCCACUAAAAUAAGAAUUUGUGCUAGGUAUUAAAAUUAAACAUUUGCCAAAUCCCUUCAUAUAGGAAUUUUAUUCCAUGAUCAAGAGCAUAAAUGCAUGUAUGCAUUCAUAUAUUUUGCCACGGCCAACUUCUCUCCCUCUCUCAUUCAUUUAAAUGUUUAGCAGAAGGUGUUGCUGUUGUAUCAGGUGCAUGUGUGUGCAUGCAUUGUAGUCAGGACAAGGAGGGAAAAUAAAUAGGAGAAAAGAGA